AUGAGAUCCAUGAGGCCUCUCCUUACCGCGCUCGGCAUCUUUGCGGGCGCGGCAGUGGCGACCACAGAAAGUACCAGCAAAGCAUCAAUUCACGAUCUUGCCCUACAGAAAUGGACAGUGACGAAUGAGUACGGCAACAUCACCGUGCCGGGCAAGUUCCCUUCGCAAGCUCAUCUGGAUCUUCAUGCAGCUGGUGUGAUUGAUGAACCAAACAAUGGCCUGAAUGACUUCGACCUGCGAUGGAUUGCGGCUCAGAACUGGACAUAUACCAGCAAGCCAAUUAGCGGACUGAGUAAACAUUCGGACAUAGCUACGUGGCUAGUGUUUGAUGGCCUGGAUACAUACGCAACUGUCAAGUUUUGUGACCACAUUGUUGGAACACCAGAUAACCAGUUCCGACAAUGGUUUUAUGAUGUCUCGUCAGCCCUUGCUAGUUGCAAGAGUGACCCUGUUCUCAGCAUCAACUUUGGCAGCGUGCCUCGCAUCAUCAAUGCCAUCAACGCAAGCGAUGAAGUCCAGCACUGGCCAGCUUCAGUGGUUUAUCCAUUCGAGUAUCCAAACCGUCAAUGGGUCCGCAAGGAACAGAAUGACUUUGGAUGGGAUUGGGGCCCAGCUUUCUCUCCAGUAGGACCUUGGCAGCCGGGCCGCAUCGUCCAGCUUAGCAAAGGUGGCGAGCUGUACUCUCUCAACACCGACAUUGACAUCUUCCGCAAAGGCCAGUUCAACAACUUUGCUCCUGACCAGACAGCUCCGUGGGUGGUAAACGCGAGUCUCGAUUUCCUGGGAACUCUGCCAAAGCAUGCCUCCAUGUCGGUCGUCAUUACUGAUGCCAGUGACAGUCGCUCAGUAUUGUACUCGGGCAAACUGGAGGGAGUGACACAGUCCGACAUGACCGUCACUGGUUCUGUGACAAUAGAUGCCCACAAACCCAAGCUGUGGUGGCCUCGAGACAUGGGCAAUCAGCAGCUAUACAACAUAAAAGUCUCUGUCAGCAGCGCAGGGUCUAAGACACCUAUUCUUGUCUCUCAGCGGCGUGUUGGUUUCCGAACUAUCUUGUUCAGCUCAGGAAAUAUUACAGAUGCGCAAAUCGCCAGCGGUAUCACCCCGGGAAACAACUGGCAUUUUGAGAUCAACGGCCAUGAGUUUUAUGCCAAGGGUGCCAAUCUUAUCCCUCCUGAUGCUUUUUGGCCACGAGUCACCUCGGAUAGAAUGAAUCGCCUAUUCGACUCAGUUGAGUCGCAGAAUUUCAACAUGCUGCGCGUGUGGUCCUCGGGUACAUACUUGCCCGACUGGAUCUACGACAUUGCUGAUGAGCGCGGUGUAUUGCUUUGGAGCGAGUUCCAGUUCAGCGAUACCUUGUAUCCAGACAGCGAGGAUUUCAAGGCCAAUGUUGUUGGUGAGAUUACUUACAACGUCCGUCGGUUGAACCACCAUGCCUCUUUGGCGUGCUGGAUGGGUGGCAAUGAGUUUGAGAACUUGAUGCUGCCCAUAGCUCAGGGCGCCGAUCCUGCAACUUACCCAUACGUCCUAGGCCAGUAUGAGAACCUCUUCAUUACUACACUAUUCAAUGUUUUAGCUGCAAACAGCCAUUCCAUCUCGUACAGUCCUUGCAGUGCAAACAAUGGCUGGCUGGAGAUUGAUCUUGAUCUUCCCGUGCCUAUUGUUGAGCGGUACUACAACACUACUAGCGGACACAUCUACGGCGACACAGACUUUUACAAUUACGACACAUCAGUUUCCUUUGAUACCUCUGCAUAUCCAGUUGGUCGCUUCGCCAACGAAUUUGGCUUUAUCAGCAUGCCCAGCAUUCAGACAUGGCAACAAGCCGUUGAUCCUGACGAACUCUCCUUCAACUCCACAACGGUCAUUUUACGAAACCAUCACUACCCAGCUGGUGGACUGACCAGAAAUAUUCACAACAGCACUUUGGGCCAAGUCGAAAUGACAUUGGCUGUUGAGCGCUCCUGGUGCCACGCUACCCAGCUGUUCCAAGCAGACAUGUACAAAUCUGAGAUUCAAUUCUACAGACGUGGCAGCGGCCUGCCAGAGAGACAACUUGGCUCCUUGUAUUGGCAGCUCAACGAUAUUUGGCAAGCCCCGACCUGGGCUGGUCUUGAGUACGACGGACGGUGGAAAGUAUUACCAUAUGUUUCUCGCAGGACUUAUGAGCACGUCAUUGCGUCUGCUUUCUGGAACUACACGGCGAACGAGUUGGAGAUCUGGGUGACGUCUGAUCUCUGGGAGCCCGUGUCUGGUGAGGUAUCAUUGACUUGGGUUGAUCUGAAAGGCAAGCCUAUUGCAAACAACGCGGGCAUGGCGAAAUCGACCAAGUUUAACGUGGGCGCCAUCAACACCACACAGAUCAUCUCAGCCAACGUGAAAUCGGAUCUCAAGAUCCCAGACACCAGUGACGCUGUUUUGGUCAUCGAACUUACAGCCCACGGCAAACUCCCCAACGCAGCCAACAGCAAGACCACAACCUUUACUCACCACAACCACUUCCUCCCUGUGUGGCCUAAUCAAGCCAAGGUGUCAGAUCCCAAGCUACACUUGUCAUACAACAAGUCUACAAAGAAGUUUACUGUGGAAGCUACGGCUGGUGUGUCUCUCUAUACUUGGCUGACGCACCCAGCUGGUGUUUUGGGCUUCUUUGACGAUAAUGCAUUUGUUUUGAGACCUGGCGAGAAGAAGGAGGUUGGAUUUACUCUUCAGCAAGAUACUACAGGGGGGAAGUGGACUGAACAGGUGACGGUGGAGAGCUUGUGGGAUUUGACCACGCCAUGA